CCGCACCCGCACCCGCAGGCGCCCGGCACAUCGCUCCUCCCGUUCCCGGCUCGCGGCCGCCUCCACCGUCACCCGCCCGCCCCGCCACCCGUCACCGUCUCUCCCACGCGCCUCCGCCGCGCGGCCGCGCCGCGACGCCACGCGAUCCCGCCUCGGCCUUUCGUAGUAGACGCCCGGCCCUCCUCUUUAACCCCGCCGCGGCGGGCGGGCUCGGCCGCGGCCCGCGGCGCGGCCUGGUCCCUACUCCCCUUCCAUUCUCCCGGUCUCGGGGCUCCCCUCCCCCCGCUUUCCGCUUCAGUUAUAGAUGCCACGGAGGCCGCCCAGCUGUAGGCACGGACCCCACCACCACCACCCCGCCGCCGCCGCGCCCGCAGCCUGCCGAUGCCGGUGAAGCGGUCGACGUCGGUGGCGGCGCUCCCGCCGGCCGGCCGCCGCGCGCGGGCCCGCCUCUGCCUCCGCCUCGCCGCGCCCCUGUCCUUCCUGCUCCUCCUGGCGGCUCUGCUCCGCGCGCAGCCCCUCCUGGGCGUCCUCCCGCCCGCCGCGCCGCCGCCCGCCGCCGGCCCCGCCAAGGUCGCCUUCCUCUUCCUCGUCCGCGCGGGCGUGCCUCUCGACUUCCUCUGGGACGCCUUCUUCCGCAGCGGCGAGGAGGGGAGGUUCUCGGUGUACGUGCACUCGGCGCCGGGGUUCCAGCUCGACCGCACCACCACGGGAUCGCCGUACUUUUACGGGCGGCAACUUGCGAGGAGCUUGAAGGUGGUGUGGGGCGAAGCGACCAUGGUCGAGGCGGAGAGGUUGUUGUUUGCCGCCGCGCUCCAGGAUCCCGCGAACCAGCGCUUUGUUUUGCUCUCUGAUAGCUGUGUUCCUCUCUACAAUUUCAGCUACAUAUAUACUUACUUGAUGGCUUCUCCUAAAAGUUUUGUUGACAGUUUCGUUGACAAGACAGAGAAGCGUUAUAAUCAAAACAUGUCUCCUGCCAUUCCGAAGGAUAAAUGGAGGAAAGGAUCUCAGUGGGUAGUAUUAAUCAGAAAGCAUGCCGAAGUUGUUGUUGGUGACAGAAAUGUAUUACAAGUAUUCAGAAGACAUUGCAAGAUGGUAGUGACCCAGAGGUUACUUGGACGAAGGCCAAAUGCUAGACGAUUAGGGUUCAAUUUACGAAGAAACCAGAAAGGGGCAGCUCUACAGGAGCAUGAUUGUAUUCCGGAUGAACAUUAUGUGCAGACAUUAUUUUCUAUCAAAGGUCUUGAAGAUGAACUGGAGAGAAGAACUUUGACCUAUACCUCAUGGAACCAGUCAUCAAAUCCAAAAGACAAAAUGACUUGGCACCCCAUGAAAUUUGAGUAUGAUUCAUCUAGCCCUGAGCAAAUCAGUGCUAUCAAGAGUAUCGACCAUGUCAACUAUCAAAUGGAGUACAGGACAGAGUGGUGCCAAUGCAAUGGUACCUCUGUUCCAUGUUUUCUAUUUGCCAGAAAGUUCUCUUAUAGUGCGGCCAUGCAUCUGUUGGAGCAAGGAGUCAUUGGCCCGCCAAAAUCAGCUCAGCUGCUGGUUAACUUUUAACAAAAUGUUUACACAAGCUCCUACUCACUGUUUUGAUGGGUUGGAUACUGUUCAUAAUUGGUACCAGCCUCAUCGAUCGCUGUAGUAUUUGCAGCUGCAGCUACAGAGACAUAUAGAAUAUCAUAGAGUAUUGACAGUGAUCAGAUUGCGUUUAGACAGUUAGGACUUAAGAGGUUUGAUGUACAGAGCAUCAGUUUUGAAGUUUGCUUGGUCCAUCACUAAGCACUAUCCAGGAGACAGAUGAAGUGAAGGACAGGCGCGUUUGCAACCUUUCCCAAAUGGCACUACUAACGGAACAGAAAGCUGUAACAAUAGCUUAAAUACUCUUAUAGAUAUUCUUCCCCUUGUAUAAUCUAUGAAAAAGGCACUAGUUUUUUUUUUGUUAUUACAUACAAUUUCUUAUACAGUGAAUAGAAACACAUGCAAGAUGUGUCCA